AUGACCAGACGAGAAAAUAAAAUAGUAAUAAAGUUCGGACAAGUAACUCCAGCCUACGCAAAGCUGGUUCUAGAGUGCAGGGCGUGCUUUGAGCCAGGGGUCUCCAAGAAUCUGAAAGAGGAGAGAAAGUGGAAGAUAAAGGACUACGUCCAGCUCGCUAAGCACUUCUCUGCGUCGCACAUUUGGGCAUUUUCGCAAUCAGAAGAGCACAACAAUCUGAAAGUCAUAUCUAUGCAGGAGGAGAACGGAAAGACAUUCUACUUUAAGAUCAACAAGUACAUGUACAGCGCGGACAUAUUCAAGAGCUCUCUGGGCAUAGGAACAAGAAUGAACGGAUAUUUCAUCAUUCCAAUCAACAUAGACAAGACAGACCCCAUCACAGAGCUGAUUGAAGAAACAAAGAAAAACGCAGUGGUGUCGCAUCUGACAACGAGAGCCAUAGUUGUUAAAAAGCUGUACGACAACAACUAUCUGUUCACCAACUAUCUCAUCAAAAAAGAAGAGAAGCCCGGAGCAGCAAACCAGGUAAAGCUGUCUCUAACAGAGAUAGGGCCAUCCAUGAGCCUGGAGCUUCAGAAGAUCGAAAGGGGAAUAUGCACAGGCGAUGUGGUGUAUCACAGGUACAUAGAAAAGACCCCAGAGGAGCUGCGAGAAAGAGAGCGAGUGAUAAAGCAGAGAGCAAGAGAAAAGCAGCAGCGCAGAGCCCAGCAGGAGGAGAAUGUAAGAAGAAAGAAAGAGGAAAACAGAAGACGGUCAACAAAGAAAGCUUCAGACACCGAGGACAGCGGCAAUGAAGAAGAAUCCUCGGGCACUGGGUACAGCUCAAUCAGCAGCUCUCUGGAAGAAGACAAGGAAAAUGUUUCAUAUGACUAG